AUGUCGCACAUUGGAGAAAUAGGUGAGCAAGUUUUCAAGCUUGGACAUUGGCGUCAUGGCACCAGAGCGGGAUUUGUGCCAGGCACAAGCGUCGAUGGAACUAUGGCUCGCGCCAUCGGCUCCGUAGCCAUGGCUUCCCACACGUACGAGUUCAACGUCACCAUGACCUGCGGCGGCUGCUCCGGCGCCAUCGACCGCGUCCUGAAGAAGCUCGACGGCGUCGAGAGCUACGAAGUCUCCCUCGAGAACCAGAGCGCCAAGGUCGUCACCGAGCUCCCCUACGAGACGGUCCUCACCAAGAUUGCCAAGACAGGCAAGAAGAUCAACUCGGCCAAGGCGGACGGCGUCGAGCAGUCCAUCGAGGUGCCCGCCGCGGCGUGA